AUGCCACCCAAGGCCGCAGACAAGAAGCCCGCCGCUGCUAAGGCACCAGCUUCGAAGGCACCAGCUACCAAGAGCGAGGCAGGCAAGAAGACCAGUGCAACCGGCGAGAAGAAGAAGCGCACGAAGACGAGAAAGGAGACUUAUAGCUCUUACAUCUAUAAAGUCCUCAAGCAAGUCCACCCAGACACUGGUAUCUCCAACCGUGCCAUGUCAAUUUUGAACUCCUUCGUCAAUGACAUCUUCGAGCGUGUCGCCACCGAGGCAUCUAAGCUUGCCGCCUACAACAAGAAGUCCACCAUUUCAUCCCGCGAGAUCCAAACCUCUGUCCGCCUCAUCCUUCCCGGCGAACUUGCUAAGCACGCUGUUUCGGAAGGUACCAAGGCUGUCACCAAGUACUCCUCAUCAACGAAAUAA